UGGUCCAAACCCCAAUGUAGGUAAAACAUUUUACUUCUCUCCAGCCUUUAUUAAUGGCUUCUUGCCCACAAGAAUUAAGAUUCUCUUUCACUCACCCCCCACCCCUUACCCCACCCCCACCAACACUGUGAGUACAAAACUGAUGUACCCCAGAGCUCUGUUAUAUCUUUUUUUUCUUCCUACGUACUGUCAAUAUCCCAUUAAUUGCCAUUGCUGUGUAUUUGAGUGUCGCUAUACAGGUCAAGUGAGGUUGUGAACAGAAGAAGAAAAUAAAAAAAGAGGGUCCAUUUCCUUUUUGCACUUGCCUUGAUUUCUCUGCCCCCGUUACCCCCGUACCCCCUUCACAGAAAAACUGAUAAAGAUUGAAACUUUGCAUUUAAAACCCCCUUUGUGUGUGUGUUUUAGUGUGUGUUUUUUGUUUGGAGGGUAUAAAAAGAGGAGCAAAAAAUAUGCAGCAGCACCUGAUGCAGAUGCAGCCCAUGAUGGCAGCUUACUAUCCAACGAACGUCACUACUGACCAUAUUCAACAGUAUUUGGAUGAGAACAAAUCACUUAUUCUGAAGAUUGUUGAGAGCCAGAACUCUGGGAAACUCAGUGAAUGUGCAGAGAACCAGGCUAGGCUUCAGCGAAAUCUGAUGUACCUUGCUGCUAUUGCUGAUUCACAGCCUCAACCUUCUAGCAUGCAUUCUCAGUUCUCUUCUGGUGGGAUGAUGCAGCCUGGAACACACAAUUACCUGCAGCAGCAGCAGCAGCAACAAGCCCAACAAAUGGCAACACAACAACUCAUGGCUGCAAGAUCCUCUUCAAUGCUCUAUGGACAACAACAACAGCCUCAAUUAUCACCAUUUCAACAACAAGGCUUGCAUAGUAGCCAACUUGGCAUGAGCUCUGGCAGUGGUGGAAGCACUGGACUUCAUCACAUGCUUCAAAGUGAAUCAUCACCUCAUGGUGGUGGAAGUGGUGGUGGUUUCCCUCAUGACUUUGGCCGCGCAAAUAAGCAAGACAUUGGGAGUAGUAUGUCUGCUGAAGCACGCGGCGGAAGCUCAGGUGGUGAUGGUGGUGAGAAUCUUUAUCUGAAAGCUUCUGAGGAUUGAAGUUUAAGGUUUUACAAGUAAUUUUAAGGUAGUAGUAGUAGUAGUAGUGAUAGGGAGGAGGAGGUUUUAGUUUAUCUUGUCAACUAAUUAGGAACAAGAUUUAGUUGGGCAAGAAUUUUGAAAGUAUUGUUGCUUUAAGAUUUGUGUAAUCUAUGUUGUUUUACCAUAUGGUUCUACUUUUUUUUGUUAGUAUGUGUAAUGCAAGAGAAACUAUAGCUUCUGCUUGUUGUAUGUGGUCAUGUACAUUUGUUAGGUUAUUUUCAUUUUGAAUUGCUUUUCUUGUGA